AUGAGUGACGAUAAUGAACAAAAUAAAAAUGCACUUAUUCAAGAUAUGUAUGAAUAUAAAAACAACAACAAGAAAUUUUCAGAUAUGUUAAGGACAUUCAUAAUGGAAAAUAUUUCUAACAAGAUAAUUGCCGAAAGAUUUUUAAAAGAAUUCGAUGACUCCUAUCUAAAAAUUAUGAACCUUGAUGAAUUGGAACUACUCUGUUCGUUUAUACUUAAAAAGAGAAACAUUCAAAUUAAAUAA